AAAAAAGAAAAAAAAAAGGCGCUGAGAAAUAUCUGUAUAAGAAAUGAAGCGUCAUCUGCAUUUCUCUUCCAAAAUUCAGUCCAGAGUUCUGCCCAAAACACCCUCCAAAUUUGCAAAAAUCCACCUCAAAUUCCCAUGCAUCUAUAAUCCCGCCAGUCUAGAAUGGCAAUCUCUGCAGCUUCGGCAUCUCUCCAUCAGAAUCUGGAAAUACCCAUCAAGGUAAGCUGCCCCCAAACCCCCUCUGUUCUUCAUACCAGAAAAUGGCGCACGUUGGCACUAACCGUCGGUGGUGUCGGAAGCUUUCCGAAUACGGCAAAGACCCAUGAAAGGAAUAAUGGGUAUUUUUCAGAGUCGAAUUUAAUUCCCGAAAAUGGUUUUUUGAGCAAAGUGGUUGCUUUGCUCGAAUCCGUGAAUUUAAGCGACGCUGUUGAAUGUUCCGAUAUUUUCGCUCAAAUCCUUCAAAACUGCCGAAAGUUUGAAAAUUUAAAAUUGGGUUUUCAAAUUCACGCGCGUUUGAUCGUUUAUGGAGUAGAAUUUGACGCAUUUCUGAGCAGCCAACUGCUUGAGUUUUAUUGCAAGUUUGAUUGCAUGGAUGAUGCGCGCCGCAUGUUUGAUGAAAUGCCUGAACGAAAUGUUUUCAGCUGGACUUCGAUGAUAGGACUCUAUUGUAGGUUGGGUGAUUAUGAGGAGACCAUUAGGUUGUUUUAUUUGAUGAUUGGGGAAGGAGUUCGUCCCGACCAUUUCGUAUUUCCUAAGGUUUUUAAAGCAUGUUCCGAGUUGAAGAAUUAUAGGAUUGGGAAGGAUGUUUAUGAUUAUAUGUUGAGUAUUGGAUUCGAGGGGAACCCAUUUGUGAAAAAAUCUAUUCUUGAUAUGUUUAUCAAAUGUGGGAAGAUGGAGAUUGCGAGUCGGUUGUUCAAGGAAAUGGAGUAUAAGGAUGUCGUGAUGUGGAACAUGAUGAUAUCGGGUUAUGCAUCGAAGGGUGAUUUUAAGCGGGCUUUGAAGUGUUUUGAGGAUAUGAAGGUUGCAGGUGUUAAGCCUGAUCGGGUCACGUGGAAUUCGAUCAUAGCAGGGUAUGCUCAAAAUGGGCAGUUCAAAGAGGCGUCCAAUUGUUUCCACCAGAUGCGUAUUUUGGAAGAUUUUAAGCCGAAUGUGAUAUCAUGGACCGCGUUAAUUGCGGGGAAUGAACAGAAUGGUUGUUCGUCGCAGGCGUUGAAUGUCUUCAGGCAAAUGAUCAGUGAAGGAGUGAAGCCGAAUUCAAUUACUAUCGCUAGUGUUGUUUCGGCAUGUACAAGCCUGUCGUUGGUUCUGCAUGGUAAGGAGAUCCAUGGCUACUGUGUAAAGACUGAUGGAUUAGAUUCAGAUGUGCUCGUGAGCAAUUCGUUGGUGGAUUUUUAUGCCAAAUGCCAGGAUUUGGAUGUUGCCCGCCGGAAAUUUGAUAGGAUCGGACAGAAGGAUUUGGUGUCUUGGAAUGCAAUGCUUGCAGGGUAUGCACAGAGAGGGUGCCAUGAGGAAGCCAUUGAACUACUCACAGAGAUGGAGUUGCAGGGAAUAGAGCCUGACGUUGUUACAUGGAAUGGGCUGAUUACAGGGUAUAACCAAUAUGGUGAUGGAAAGACGGCUCUUGAAUUCUUUUGCAGGAUGCGUCGAGCAGGCACAGAGCCCAACACGAUUACGGUAUCUGGGGCUUUAGCUGCUUGUGCCCAGGUGAAGAAUUUGAGAGCGGGAAAGGAAAUCCAUGGUUUUGUUGUUAGAAAUCAGAUAGAAAUGUCUACAGGGGUGGGGAGUGCUCUUAUAUCAAUGUAUUCUGGAUGCGAUCGCUUGGAGACAGCUUGUGCCGUAUUUGAAGAGCUUUCAAUCAGAGAUGUUGUUGUAUGGAAUUCAAUCAUCGCUGCUUGUGCUCAGAACUCACGCGGUGCGAGCGCUUUGAACUUGCUAAGGGAAAUGCAGUUGAGUAGUGUGGGGCCCAAUGAAGUGACGAUUGUAUCCGCACUACCUGCAUGUGCGAGACUCGCUGCUCUACGACAGGGUAAAGAGAUCCAUCAGUACAUCGUCAGACAUGGGCUUGAUUCUUGCAACUUCACCUCAAAUGCCCUUAUUGACAUGUAUGGCCGCUGUGGAGCGAUUCAACGGGCGUGGAGAGUUUUUGAUACUAUGCCUAUGCGGGACGUGGUCUCUUGGAAUGCGAUGAUUGCGGGGUAUGGGAUGCAUGGGUUUGGGAUGGACGCCGUGAAUCUGUUCUGUCACAUGAGAGUCACAGGCCUAAAGCCAAACUAUUGCACAUUCACAAACCUCUUAUCCGCAUGUAGUCAUUCGGGAUUGAUUGAUGAAGGGUGGAAGUAUUUCGAGAUGAUGAAAUCGGAAUAUGGCAUGGACCCUGCCGUGGAGCAAUACGCUUGCAUGGUGGAUCUACUCGCACGCUCUGGCCAGUUUGACGAAACCAUGGAAUUCAUUGAAGAGAUGCCAAUGGAACCCAACGCAGCCGUGUGGGGGUCUUUAUUAGGCGCUUGUAGGAUCCAUUGCAAUGUUGACCUUGCUGAAUACGCUGCUCAAUAUCUCUUUGAGCUCGAGCCCAACAACUCUGGGAAUUACAUACUCUUAGCUAACAUAUACUCGGCGGCGGGACGGUGGGAAGAUGCAGCCAAGACAAGGAGUUUGAUGAAGGAGCGUGGGGUCACGAAGCCUCCCGGCUGCAGUUGGAUUGAGGUGAAAUGUCGAGUCCAUAGCUUCAUUGUAGGAGACACAUCCCACCCACUGAUGGACAAGAUAUCAGAGAAAAUGGAAAGCUUGUAUUCAGAAAUCAAGGAGAUUGGGUAUGUGCCUGAUACGAAUUACGUGCUGCAGGAUGUGGAAGAAGAUGAGAAGGAAUAUAGUCUUUGUGGGCACAGUGAGAAGCUGGCUGUUGCGUUUGGGCUGAUUAGUACUCCGAGUGGGACGCCUCUGAGGAUCAUCAAGAACUUGAGAGUGUGCGGGGACUGCCACUCGGCGACCAAGUUCAUAUCGAAGGUUGCCGGUAGAGAAAUUAUAAUGCGGGAUAGUUACCGGUUUCACCAUUUCGUCGAUGGGGUUUGCUCAUGUGGGGAUUAUUGGUGAAAACGGGGCUGGGAAAUGUUCCUUUAGGCAGAAGAACCUCUUGAUAUCAGACCAGUCCAUGGUAACAUUAAAGGUUUUAGCUGAACCAGUAUCUAGCUGUCCAUACACACCUCUAUACAUGGCUGCACAUGCUAACUUGGCCCAUGUGUGGGGACAUCCUAGCUGCGUGUCUGGUGGGCCCCAAUCUAUAUAUCAUGAUUCAAAAAUUACAGCCUGGAUCUGAUUAAUUGGGUGCUUUUUCUAGUGUCAUAAAUUGGGCUUCCUCCACAGAAGGACAUUCAUCGAGACUUUGAAGGGAAGGAUGCAGCAGAUGGAAUGGCAAGGAUGGGAUCUCAUCUCGGAUCGCUUUCUAUUGGAGAUUUUCUCCCCUGUUGUAAGUUGAUGUAUUUUCUUAAGAAAAUUUACAUCUAAUCCUUAAAAAAAAGGCUGUAAGUGCACCUCGAAUGUGAGCCACUGGCAAAUUUUCUUCAAGUUAUCCAUGAUUUCUCCGUGUGUGUGGCCCAGCUGAUGAGUCAACCAGCCCAUCUUUCACAUCAGAUUGUAUACAGUGGGGCCAACUGAUGCAUGACUUCGAUGUUCCACGCAUGGCCGGGGUGCAAGUGCAUGUAUGUUAUUGCCAAAAUAUGGACAAGAACAUUCAUGGUGGCUUGUUGAGAAAAGAAUGUCUCUAUAUAUAUAUUGGAAAAUGUUAAUUCUUCCCAAUGAAGAUUUAUUACAUUUUGAGUGAGUUUCUA